GCGGGCAGAGCGGCAGACUGGCGCUGCGGCUGAACCCUGAGCACCGGACAGCCUGAGCGGAGCUGUUGCUGUGGAUUUGGAACGGAGAAGCCGAGUUUACCUUUUAAAUCCGGGGGCUUUUCUUCCCCGUGGUAGCACUGCGCUGGGCGGGAAGCCUGAGGAAAGGAAUACUUGAAUGAAAUCAGCUGGAGGAAUUAUUUCCUCUCCAACAAAGAGCGUUCAAGGAAGUAGCCUGCUGCCGUAAAUUAGUGAAGCAGGAUAAAAGUACUGGAUCUAUAUCCCGCCAUGGCUCACCACAGACUCCUCCGCGCGGGUUUGACUUUACAGUUUUUUGUUCUGUUCGUGAAUUUGGGGAUUUUUCGAGUGAAUGGGCAAUACGGCGGAGACCGCGGAAUGUCUAUACCGGAGCACGGGUUCUGCCAGCCGAUCUCCAUUCCGCUGUGCACGGACAUCGCGUACAACGAGACCAUCAUGCCCAACCUGCUCGGGCACACCAACCAGGAGGACGCGGGGCUGGAGGUGCACCAGUUUUACCCGCUGGUUAAAGUCCAGUGCUCCCCGGAUUUAAAGUUCUUCCUCUGCUCCAUGUACGCGCCCGUGUGCACGGUGCUGGAGCAGGCGCUGCCCCCGUGCCGCUCUCUGUGCGAGCGCGCGCGGCAGGGCUGCGAGGCUCUCAUGAACAAGUUCGGCUUCCAGUGGCCCGACAGCCUCGCGUGCGAGACCUUCCCGGUGCACGGCGCGGGAGAGCUGUGCGUCGGGCAGAACAUGUCCGACCGCACGGAGGGAGACAGCCCCGGACCCGAUGUGUUCCCCACCCCGCGCCCGGUCCCUGAACACCCCAUGCACGGGCAGUUCAGGUGCCCGGCCUCGCUGCGGGUGCCCCCCUACCUGAACUACCGCUUCCUCGGGCAGGAGAACUGCGGCGCUCCCUGUGAGCCCAAGAGGUCUCACGGGAUGAUGUACUUCAACGAGGAGGAGCUGAAGUUCGCCAGGAUCUGGAUCGGGAUCUGGUCCGUGCUGUGCUGUGCCUCCACCAUGUUCACUGUGCUGACUUACCUGGUGGACAUGAAGCGCUUCAGCUACCCGGAGCGGCCCAUUGUCUUCCUGUCGGGCUGCUACACCAUGGUGUCCAUCGCCUACAUCGCGGGGUUCCUACUUGAGGACAAGGUGGUGUGCAAUGACAGGUUCGACAAUGACAUAAGGACUGUGGUGCAGGGCACGAAGAAGGAGGGCUGCACCAUCCUCUUCAUGAUGCUCUACUUCUUCAGCAUGGCCAGCUCCAUCUGGUGGGUCAUUCUGGCUCUUACCUGGUUCCUGGCAGCUGGGAUGAAGUGGGGCCACGAGGCCAUCGAGGCUAACUCCCAGUACUUCCACCUGGCGGCCUGGGCCGUCCCCGCCAUCAAGACCAUCACCAUCCUGGCUGUGGGGCAGGUGGAUGGAGACGUGCUGAGCGGGGUCUGCUUCGUGGGGGUCAACAGCGUGGACGCCCUGCGAGGCUUUGUCCUGGCUCCGCUGUUCGUCUACCUGUUCAUCGGAACCUCCUUCCUCUUGGCGGGCUUCGUGUCGCUGUUUCGCAUCCGGACCAUCAUGAAGCACGACGGCACCAAGACAGAGAAGCUGGAGAAGCUGAUGGUGCGGAUAGGGAUCUUCAGCGUGCUGUACACGGUGCCGGCCACCAUCGUCAUCGCCUGCUACUUCUACGAGCAGGCCUUCAGGGAGCAGUGGGAGAGGACCUGGGUCAGCCAGACCUGUAAGACCUACGCUGUGCCCUGUCCCGUCCAGAACCACCCCAACAUGAGUCCAGACUUCACCGUCUUCAUGAUAAAGUACCUCAUGACGCUCAUUGUGGGCAUCACAUCCGGCUUCUGGAUCUGGUCUGGGAAAACCCUGAACUCCUGGAGGAGGUUUUACACGAGACUGGCCAACAGUAAACAGGGGGAGACCACAGUGUGAGGGGGGGGGGGGGUUACACUGCUGACAGACUGAAUGAUAGUCCACCUCUUCUCUUGAUUUUUUCUUGGACUUAAAGACAAUUCUUUCUUUUUUUUAUGUACAUAUACAUUUGUGAGAUUUUUGUAAGUAUAUAUUUGUAUUUAAAGAUUUUAAAAUGUUUUUUAAAAACUCCUUUUUUCCUACUUCGGACAUAAUGGAAUUGUACUUAAUAAUCACAAAGAACCAGCUGACCUUCAAUGGUCCGGGGUCCCAUGACCUGACUUACUGUGGACCCCAGUGGAGUAUCUCAUUGUGUGUUUGAUCAGUGGGCUGCCUGCGAGUGCUGGCUCUAUUCUGAGCGAGUCCCGUGAAACCAGAGUGCUUCCUCGUGGCUCCUCAUCCUCAUCACCCAGCUGGAGAGUGUGUGUGUGUGUGUGUGUGUGUGUGUGUGUGUGUGUGUGUGUGUGUGUGUGUGUGUGUGUGUGUGUGUGUGUGUGUGUGUGUGUGUGUGUGUGUGUGUGUGUGUGUGUGUGUGUGUGUGUGUGUGAGCAGCAGUUUUCUGGGUCUGAAGGGGAAUGUCGGCAAACGGUGCACAAGUUGUGAAUGUGAGCUAUUGUGACAGAUGCUGGUGGUCUGUAUCCCCGACAGUUCUAUCAUUCCUUUCCAACACCAGGUUCACACACCAUGCUAGUUUCAGUUUCUGAGUUUACACAUAUAACCUCAGGCAAACUGCAUUGUGUUUGUCCUGUUUCACUACCUUUUUUUUAGCUACAAUUCAUGAAUAAUCACAAGUCAUUUUAAAAUGGCAUGGUAUUCCUGCACAGUGACCACCAUCACUGCACAUGCACGUGUGUUAUUGCUGCAUAAUACAGGUGUAUGUAAAGAUACCUGGCAAUAUCAUGCAACAAUUUCACAAGUGUAACUGAAAUGAAAGCAGAUAAGAUGUUCACUGAUGUGUUAACUCACAAGUUUGAAGACCCUGGUAAGAAUUAAAACAUGUAAACAACACCAUUUUUAGCAUGGUGUGACAUGGCCAGCUGAGUUACAAUUGUAAGUUAUUGCAAGGGUCUAAAACAUGCAAAAUUACUGGGGGGUGUUUCUUUAAAAAAGUGAUUUUAAACCGCAUUUAUAUGGACUGAAUGGCUGUUCACUGAACUUUAAAUCUGCCUGUAAUGGUCAUUUGAGACGUUAACAUGCACUGCUGGGAAACAGAAUCUAACAGCAGACUGUGUGUGUGUGUGUGUGUGUGUGUGUGUGUGUGUGUGUGUGUGUGUGUGUGUGUGUGUGUGUGUGU